AUUGGUAGAUGCAGCACAUGUCUAUAAGUGCCGGCUGGUUUUUACGAGCGCUCUCCAGUCCGCUCUGCUCCACGCGCGCGCACGCUUCUCACGAGUAAAGCCUGAUUCCUCUUAAAAAGAAGGCGGAAAAUCAUGGAGGAGAAGAAGAGCGAAAUCAACGGACACGCCGGGCACAAAAGCUCGUUACCAACGGUCUCAAUAAAAUCAGAAAAGAAAAGCUGUAAGGACAAAUGCUCGGGUUUCUUCAAAAGAAACCUGCUGGUGAUCAUGACGGUGUCCGGGGUCCUGGUGGGCGUCGGGCUCGGAAUGAUGGUCCGGAACAUGAACCUCACCCGGGCGCAGAUGACUUACUUCGCCUUCCCCGGAGAAAUGCUGCUGAGGAUGCUCAAGAUGAUCAUCCUGCCUCUGGUGGUGUGCAGUUUGAUUUCUGGCGCCGCGAGUCUGGACACGCGCUCGCUGGGAAAGCUCGGAGGAAUCGCCGUGUCUUACUUUCUGGUGACCACCCUAAUCGCUUCAUCCAUCGGGGUCGCGCUCGCCUUCAUCAUCAAACCGGGAGUGGGAGCCGGAGCGCUCAACACCAACAACUUGGGGCUGGAAGGCGUGAGCAACAACAAAGAGACGGCGGAUUCCUUUUUAGACCUUGCGAGAAACCUGUUUCCAUCGAACCUGGUGGCUGCGGCUUUCCGCUCAUAUGCCACUGACUACAAGACAGUUCUUGUUGGAAAUGGAACAAAUGGAACCCUCAACUACCAGAAGGUUCCCUAUGGAACAGACACAGAUGGAAUGAAUAUUCUGGGCCUUGUUCUCUUCGCUAUGGUUUUUGGAGUGGCAUUGAGGAAGCUUGGGGCAGAAGGAGAGGAGCUUAUUCGCUUUUUUAAUGCCUUCAAUGAAGCCACUAUGGUACUUGUGUCCUGGAUCAUGUGGUACGUGCCUUUUGGCAUUAUGUUCUUGGUUGGCAGUAAGAUCGUGGAGAUGGAAGAUGUGGUUCUGUUGGUCACUAGUUUGGGAAAGUACAUUUUCGCCUCUAUCCUGGGCCACAUCAUCCAUGGUUGUAUUAUCCUACCUCUUAUCUACUUCGGCUUCACUCGUACAAACCCCUACAGUUUCCUGUCAGGACUCAUCACCCCUUUCACCACUGCCUUUGCCACCUGCUCCAGCUCAGCGACUCUGCCCACCAUGAUGAAGUGUGUGGAGGAGAAUAACGGUGUCGACAAACGAAUCAGUCGGUUCAUUUUACCAAUCGGAGCCACUGUUAACAUGGACGGGGCGGCUAUUUUCCAGUGCGUUGCUGCUGUGUUUAUUGCUCAGCUCAACAACGUUGAUCUCAACGCAGGCCAGAUUUUCACAAUUCUGGUAACAGCCACCGCUUCAAGUGUGGGAGCAGCAGGUAUUCCAGCCGGAGGAAUCAUCACCAUCGCCAUCAUUCUGGAGGCCAUUGGUCUGCCAACCCAUGACCUGUCUCUCAUGUUGGCAGUGGACUGGAUUGUAGAUCGCACCACCACCGUGGUGAACGUGGAGGGUGAUGCCCUCGGUGCGGGAAUCCUUCACCACAUCAAUGAGCAGGAGAUGAAGAAACAAAAGCAUCAGCAGGAGCAUCAGGAGGAGCAGGAACUGAUGGAGGUCAAGGUGGAGGUGGUGGCCAACGUUAAAGCAGAAGAGGAAACCUCCCCUCUCGUCACACACCAGAACCAAGGAGAAAACUCCUCACGUGAAACACUUAACGAAAAGGAUGGUGUGGAGUCUGUGCUGUAAACUGUCAACUGUGCUCUCUCAUAUCAUUUCCUUCACUCUUUCUCUUUCACUUUUUAAAAAACCACUAAAGACGUGAUGUCGCAGUGAAGUUUACGUCAAACAUAAGGUUUACUCGAAUCUGUGAAUGGAACACUAAUGGCCAGUCUGUUUUACAUUUAGUUUGAAGUAUUUUACAGAUAUGUUAAUCUUAUACAAUUGUGCCAAAAGGAUGGUUUUUGUGUUUGGGAACAUCCCAGAUUAUGUGUAAACGUCGAAAAGGGAAUAUUUCCAAUUUGCAAGAAGAUAACAAUGGAUAAUAAUGAAAACCAGUCACAGACUGACCUCUUGCUCUUUAUUUUAAUUGAUUGUGUGAAACAUUAACUAUUUUUGAAGAUAGGCCAGAAAGUAUUUGCUGUAAAUAUUUAUGUCCCUAAUAGCAAAUCCUGUCACGUUCUGAAAUAGUCUGUUGAUUUAUAGGGGACUGUGUCAAAAAUGUGCAUGUGUGCUUGUGAAGCAAAUCCACAGCUUGUGCUUUAUGGUUUUAAUACAACCUAAUUUUAAGUGAAGCUCAGAAAUUGAGACAAAACUCAGGGUCACGGGUCAUAUUAAACCUGAGGAUGUGAGAUGCUGUAUGGUCAAACAUUUCCUGAUAGACUUCAGUUCUCAUUAACACACACACCACAUGCUGUCGUUUGACCCAAGAACAUCUCACAUGGUACAUAGUGACACCUUGUGGUCAGUGGGAGUAUAAUCGUUGAACAUUUUGUACAUCUUAUGCCCAAUUUUUACGUUUGGUCAUUAGUUAUAAAGUAAACCCUUUGAUGGACGAUUUGAUACGUAUGAAUGAGUUUAAUUUAUUGUAAUUGUUUAGCCUUUUGUACUGCAUUGAAGAUUAUUUUUCAUAAUCUGUUGCUAAAGAUCUAGAUGUAUGUAAAAGAUUAAAGUGAACUCUAAAAGCUGUUAAUUAGCACUUGAUUGGUUUUAUAUACACUUUCUCCAUGUACUUUUUCAGUCUCUUUUAACUGUAAGUUAUCUUGUUACCAAUGUGUGUCUGAUUAAUAUUAAACCAAAAGCAUUUGUGUCUCUGA